UGACCUCGUGACCUCCCACCUCCCACGCCCAAGCCCACAUGCCGGACUACGCCCAGCAGGGAGACGAGAAAGGACAAGAGAGGGAGUGCGUGAGAGAGAGGCAGCGAGAACUGUCGGUGUUCGAAAGUACAAGCUAAAGUGUGCGCAUCUCGGGCAGAGGUGGCGGAAGGCGGGCGGCACAAUUUACAUCACAGGCACGGAGCGCACUUCGGACUCCAGGUGUGGUGCGACGGAAAGUGAUGUCUUCUGACGAUGGGAGCUGCGGCAACGAGGAGGGAGAGGAAUGCACGGAGUGGCCCGUGUGGGGCUACGUCUUACUCGCUUGGGCAUUCGCGGGGUUUGCGAUCAAUGGGUUUCUGAACGUACAUUGUGGUCCACACAACUUCUUCGCGACGCUGUUUGAUCGCAUCGGGAUUCUCCGACAUGGGUCCGAUUGUGAUCGGUGUCUGCGGAGCGGCUCUUGCUUCCUAAACGAGUUUUUUCCUGUGGUCUUUCUGUUCUGCUGUCUGGGACCCUUGCCUGUGGUGAUCCUGCUCUGCCGGUAUCUCUGCGGUUUCUGCGUAGACCUCUGCCGACAACCUGCUAGGAGAAGGACACAGCGAGCGGUGGAUCGCUUGCGAAGAUUUCCGGAUCAUGGAUGGUGGCACGCGCGGGGCUGGCUGAUCAUGCUGCGGGCGCGUCACCAAAGGCCCUUGGCAAGGUCCAAGGGCUGGCCUGUCAGGUCGCGGAAGCUCGAACGUUACAACAAGGCCAACAUCGAAAAAUAUGCUUUGAAGAGUUUUAUGGGUGAUCAAUCCCCUCCCGAGCUAGAGCUACUAGAGGCGGGAAGGUCUAGGAUGAAUUUUGUCCGGGCGGUGAUGGCGGUGGUUGAGAUUAACGAGGAAGGGUUGUUCCGACACAUCUUUUCGUUCCUAUGAAUGGGGUACGGUACCGCAGUAGAAAAUCUUUUGAAUAUCCUUUCGCCUAGGAACAUGGAGGAGAGCACCUCGAAACUUGUAGAUACCAACGGCUAGAUAUCAAAGAGCAAGAACAUAACUAGGCCACGUACUCUUUCCGAUUGCCAGGUUCUCUGUUGUUGUUGUUGUUGUUGUUGUUGUUGUUGUCGUCCUCCUCGUCGUCAUCUUUACAUUCCUAAUCCUU